AUGAACACCGUCAAGUCUUUCUGGUUCGGUUGGGGCUCUUUGUGCGUUGGUGGCGCCGCCGCAUACUAUUUCGCCAAGAAGGAGAUCGAUGCCACACGCCGUAACCAGAUCGAGGAAAUGCGCCGCAAGAAGAGCAUGGCCAGCUCUCUCGAGUACUCGGAGAACGUUUCAUCCCAGCCCUUCUCUUCGUCAGCCAUGGGCGGAUCCGCCACCAACAACGGCUCUCCGGCACGGACGGACACGGCCGGCUCACCCAGCAUGGAAUCGAGCAGCGAUCCGGCGCCGACGAGACAUGCGCCUUCGACCGAGCGCGAAAGGGUGUUCGAGAAAAGCAAGUACGAGGCUAGCGUGCCAUAUUCCAGUCCGAAGGGGGAUCGAUUCUCUUAA